CAGCGGUGGGCAGCUGUGCCGCUUGACGCCCUCCUGAUCCCUUCCCAAUUAGAAGGGGGCUGCUGGCGCACCGCGCCUUGAAGACUUACCGCCGGAGCAGCCCCGAGUAAACGCCGUGUCCCUGCCUGGCAGGUGACUGUUCCACGGGAGCCGGUUGUCAGAAAUCGAGCGGUAGUUGUUAUUUGCUUACCGAGGCUCUUCCAGCAAUGAGCCAGCUUCGCCUGUCAGCUCUUAGGUUGGAUUUUGCCUGUGAAAGUGUAGAUUCCCAGGGAACCGAAAUAUUUGGCAAGCGCCUUUUCGCUCUGGAAAAGGUUCUAGUCAAAGCAAAAAGGAAUGCAAAGACUUGUCAUCUGUCUGUUCAUUUGUUACUCUGUGUACAGACCUCAGCUGUACUGUGCAAGCAGAUACGGAUUAGAUUAAUCCAGCAUGUUUAUUUAAGAAUAAAGGCUGUCUUUUGGACUAACACAGUGAUAGAAUUUGAUAAAUUAUCUUCUUUAAACAGUAAACAUGGCAUUAGGGUUAGAUAGAAGGAAUAACAAUGUACACAAGUCUCAUGAGAAACGAAGGGCAUGGCUUUUCUCAAAAUGGUAGGUGUCACGGCAACUCUUAAUGUCAACAACUAAUGGCAAUAGAUUAACUAUUAGCAUAACUGAAAGUUUGUGACUGACGGCAGAAAGGGAGGGAACUUGCUCUGUAGUUGUAAAGAUUUCCUCAUGCGGUUAGUUCAGCUAUGUAUUUAUAUAUAUAGCCAUAUAUAUAACAGGUAUGUGGAAUCCUGUUAUGUAUAGACUGGUUCCAGAUAGCUGAAUUCAACUACUAUUCAUAAGAAACGAAACUGUCCAUUUUUAAGUGUUGCUUACUUUUUCUAAUGUUAGUCUUUAGAGACAUUAUUUGGAGGCUUCUGUCAUCUGCUGCUUUCACUUCCGUAGUUGUGGAAGUACUUAACUUACAGAAUGCACAUCUAAUUGUUUAUAUAUAGAUAUUAAUAUUAAUGAUGAGUGAGUUUCAGGUGUGGCUGCCAAGUAUGUGAAGACAUAAGAAAUUGCACCUCAAAGCCUAGCAGAGAAGAUGACAAGAACAUACGAGAUUUGUUACUUGUCACCUGACAGACUGAGAGUGUACACAUGCACACGUGUGUACACACACACACAUAUAUAUACACACAUAUAUAUUUAGCAUUCCCUCUGCUGGUAGUCAUCUCAAGCUCGAAGUAGUGUUGUCCAAGUUAGGUCAUUGGUUCAUGUUUGUUUACUAUCAUUUGACCUAUGUUGAAAUCCUGAGUUGCUCAAAUCUUGCUGAAAUAUGUAAUUCCCUUAAGCAAGAUUUAACUUUAAAAUAUCUUUUUUAAUACAUAGAGGAAAUGCCUGCAUGCUGUGGAUGUUUGGUAACAAGGCUGUCUUUAAUUUUGGAACCUUUAUCUACAUUUAGGAGUUUUCCUAGUUGAUAUGAGACUUUCUUGGUGUGAUGCACUAAGCAGAUUGGCAACCUUUCUGCCAGUGGAUGUAGAUUGUAUGGAAGUUUGGAUGAUCACUGUCUUUUCACCUUUUCUUUAAAGUUUAUUUAUUUAUUUUUUCCCCUCCCAUGACUCAUGAAACCAGUGGUGUCUUCAGGUGAAGAUCUGAAUUAAUUUAGGUUUCCAAAAGUUGCAGAAUGGAUUAAUAGGCAAAAGUUGUCUUAUCUGCUGAAUUAGUAUAAGAAUAAAUUUAUUACAAAACAAGGAAAUACAGCUUUCUUAAAAACGCUUGAGGAAUUAGGGAAGGGAAAGGGGAGAUGGGAAGGGAAGGGGAAAAGAAACAAAAAGACAGGAGUAGUUGUUGCUUUUGGAUUCUGUAGUAGAGGUAAAGAAAAUUAAUCUGAGUCUGAUACCGUUUGUAAACGGAUACUUUUAUAUGUUCUCUAGCAAGAGUAUUGUGAGGAUGUAAGUUACUGCAUGGGAGAUGCUGAGAUAUGGGGGCUGUAGUAGAAACAAGUGGCCACCUGUAUGGCUCUGCUCUCUGUGAAUUUGAAACAAACUACCCUGUAUUAUUGCAUACACAUAUUGCAUAUGUUAUGUUAAUGUAUUUAAAUGCCAUUAUCCCACUGCAAAGCUUCUGCCGUACCUGGAAAUAAAGCCAGUUUGCAAUAGAAAAUCACACUACUAUAACUUGCAAUAGAAAAUUAAAAUAGUGUAACUUGCACAAGUGCAGUUUCAUCCUGCAAAGCACCCUGUUCUAGGCGGGUGCUGUGCACUGCAUAUGGGCACAGCUUUCAUUACUUUGCCAAAGCCUCUUCAGUCAUUUGACUAUAUUAACUUCUUUGCACAGUUUGCUGGAGUAGCUGGAUGGCUCUAAUGAGCGUAGCAUACUGUUCCAGUGCACUUUCUUCCUUCACAUCUGGCUAUGUGAGGUGCUUUCUGAUAACAAAUUUUGCAUAUAGGCAGAGGCCAGUGGCUGGGCCCUGCGUACUUCAACAGUUGCAGAAGUCCAUGGUAGAUGGCUGAAUUUCGGACCUCCUAAGAGACUGACCACAUGUGUAUUUUCAGAUGCACCCCCACUUCUGAGCAGCAGAAACCUGGGAAGAUGAGAAGAGGAAGUUUAAGCCUGGUUCCUGAGAUGUGAAGAUGAAGUUUAAGCCUGGUUCCACAAUCUGAGAUGCAGUAGAUGGUGCUGAAGCAACACUGAGGCUCCUGAAAUAUCCACAGUCCAGUGUGUAUAGAAAGUGCCUGCUGCCUCUCCCAAACACUGAUGGUCCUGUGUCUUCAAGAGAUGCACUCUGGGACAAGAAAACACUGACUCCUUUGCUUUUGUGAAUAACCAAAAUUCUGUCCACUGUUUCUGAAAAUUCUGCUGGUAGCAUGAUGGAAUUGGUGUGAUGCAGUAAUGUCACUUUCUGGGGUUGUUAAUGACAAUAGGGAACUGGACUGGCUCUCCGAACCAAUGGAAGUUACUUUCACUGUUUCUAAGUGUAGAGAGUGGAUGAAUGGGUCUUGGGUAUAAACUUACGUAAGUCCUAAAAAUGGGAAGAAUUUUUCUGGAUCAUAUUGGUGGCACUCGCCUGUUCUCCUGCGCAAACUGCGACACAAUUCUGACCAAUCGUUCUGAGCUCAUCUCCACUCGUUUUACAGGGGCCACAGGAAGAGCCUUUCUUUUUAACAAGGUGGUAAAUCUUCAAUACAGUGAAGUUCAGGAUCGGGUCAUGCUCACUGGCCGCCACAUGGUUCGAGAUGUGAGCUGCAAGAACUGCAACAGCAAACUGGGUUGGAUCUAUGAAUUUGCUACUGAAGACAGCCAGCGCUACAAGGAAGGCCGUGUUAUCCUGGAAAGAGCGUUGGUCCGAGAGAGUGAAGGAUUUGAGGAGCAUGUUCCAUCCGACAAUUCCUGAAGAGACUUGAGUCUCUUUGCAGGUUUUCUUCAACUGAAACUCAAAAAUAAUAAAAUCAACAAAAAAAUCUGCUUACAUACACUGUCACCUUAGCAUCAGAGUCGGAUUCAUGGACUACAGAGUGGGAAAGAUUGUGAAAGUAUUUCAGAUGGAACCUUCCUUUCUUUAUUCCUUUUAUAUUUUACUUUCCCUCCAGCAGCUGUUUGUAGGAAGAAUGUUGUGCAGAUGCUGUAACUUUUUCUCUCUUGCAUUUACAUCUGUUAGAUUUGAGAUUGUAUCUACAGAUACAGUGGGCUAAAGGAAAAUAUUUGGGGGAUUUGUCUUUUGUUAGAGAGAAAUCAAUGAGUUUUUUUUUUUUAGUUUGCACAAACUGAUGUCAGCAUAAAGUUAUUUUAAAACUACAGAUGUUUUUUAAAAAGUAUAUUCCAAUUUUUGGCUUAAGUUUUUAGUUGGUUUGGGUUUUUUUGGUUUGUUUUUUUUUUUUUUUUUACCCGGUCUUUUCACCUGAUUUGCUAGCUAAAGUAAAGAGAUCCGAAUUUGUGCCGAGUGCUAAAGGUUCAGUGUUGGUACAGCUUGGGCUGGCCCUUGUGCCAUAUUCUUGUUGAGGUUGAUUGGUAGCACAGAGCCCAUUAUUUCUUGUCGUUCUUGACCCAAAGAUGUCACCAUUCCUUGUUUAUUUGUGAAGUCCCAUUCACCAUGUAAACUGGUGUUGAUUGGAAACUAUUCUUGAAAUAGGGCAAAACUGCUUGGCUUUUUUAAAUUUUAACUGAUGUAACUUAUAAGCAUAGUAAUAAUAUAAAAUACUAGUUGUUUAGUCUUGCGUUGCUUACAAAUCAGAAGCUGUGUUUGUAAGGAUAGGGAUCCACUGAGAAGCUACUGUUUCAGUAGUAAUUUUUUUUGUUUUGUUUCUCUACCAAUCUCUUGAAGUAGAUAGGCAAUUGCAAACCUUAAUUCUUCUUCAAGUAGCUUUCUUUAAACCCAGAACUUCCUAUGUUAAACACAGCUGCUGCGUAAAAAGAAAAGAUUGCCAGCAUGUUUGUUCAUGCCUAGAGUUAUGCAAUCUGCAUCUCUUGAAAAGAUAAACAGCUUGUUUUCAAAUGCUGCUUCUGGUGUCAAAACCUUUCUCUUACAACUUUGUUGAACCUUUUCAUUGUGAUGUUACGUUUUUAUCUCUCUGGGCAGCAGUACAUGUCAGCCUAGCAGUAACUAGUGACUUGGAUUCCUGCUUUCUUCUUGUAGAGGUCAGCUCUGUUUAAAACAACGAUAUUGCUUGCCUUUUUAGCAAAAAUGCUCUUCAUUAACUUAACUCAAGGGUGCCCAAACACUUUUCAUUGUGUCUUAAGCCAUAAGUUAAGAUCUCAAGGGCUGAAAUUAAAUUGAAUGUUAGGUAUGUAUGAUUCCUUAUCAAAGAUACAAGUGUUUUUUUUUUUUUUUCUUAUUGGAUAAAUUGUGGUCAACAUGAAAUAAGUUACCCGCAGACGUACAAGAAGGGAAAAAAACCUCCACCCAACCAAACAGAUCUGGGCUCUGACCUUUCAGAAUAAUGUUUCUUCCCUAGCCACAGCUCCAUAUCUGAAGCUAAAAUGUGGAGGGUGACUGUGCAGAGUAUUUUUCAUAAUAUUUUGGUUGCCAAGUGGCAAUUUGGACACCCCUGACUUGAAUCUACUGCCUAUUUCAUGUAAAAGUAGCUUUGUUAUAGAAUUGUCACAUAGAAAGAAAACAGAGUAGAUCACAUCCCAGAGCUGUGCUUGAAUCAGGCUGCUUAAACGAUAGUGUACUUGUGCCUCAAAUGAAUCGGUUUUUGCACUGAGUACAGUAGUACCCCAUUAUCUUGUACUUCUGUCCUUCACAGACCCUAAAAGCCCCAUUAGCAUGGUUCUCUGCAGUACUUUUCUUGUACUUCUGACAUUACAGUACAAUAAAGUAUGUUUUGUCCUGAAUUGA